AGAGGCCUUAGAUACAUCGAUCAUACAUACACACAUAAAGAACACUCACAAUGUUUAUUUGAUAAAUUAUACAAAAUUGGUCAACAAAUCGGACGGAAACCAGUGGAACCUGACGAGCCAGUCAGCUCCAAUCCACCACAAAUGUCCAAUGAGCAGAAGGUGGACACAUUUAUGAAGAAACAUGGCGUUAGGGAGGACAUUGCCCGUCAAUAUCUUACGGCAAAUGGUUGGGUGCUCGAUCAGGCUAGUUUUAGAUAUGAAUCCGAUAAAGAUGGACGCAAUAAUAAUCCAACUAAAGAGGAUACCGCCAGUUUACCAGAUCCCCAGUCCUUACAUUCUCUCAUUAGUCAACAUACGAAUCGAAAUGCUACCGAUAAAGAUGAAGGAUAUUUUGCUGGAGCCUCAGAGAGUUCUGGUCAACAAAUUGGAGGUCCCAAGCGUGUGAGUAUAGAGAACUCCACGCCAGCUCUAACCACCAAUGACAGUGAUCGUAGUAUACGGGCCUGGGGAACAGGAAUACGCUUAGGCAGCGCUCAUCCCAUUAAUCCACCGCCAGCACGCAGUGAUUCCGAAGAUUCAGAGCUGCAAACUGAAACGGAACAUACAAUUGUGGUGCUUCAUCUAUGGUCCGAAGGUUUUUCUCUUGACGAUGGUUCGUUGCGACCCUAUGAAGUACCAGAGAAUGAGCGUUUUCUGCGCGCGGUUCUACGUGGUGACUAUCCCCAUGAGAUGCAAGAGUUUGGCCAUCGUGUGGAGCUAAGUGUACAGGAUCAUACAAACGAAAGUUUUCGUCACCUUUCGCGUAAACAGUUUAUGGGUUCCGGUCGCCUUUUGGGUAGUCCAUCCCCGCGUGUGGAAUCAGCCACUACCCCUCAGUCAAUUCCAACUGCCAAUUUGACACCCGAACAGCGGGCCGAAAGCGGCUUGCACUUUAAUGAAAAGCUACCAAUGACGGUGAUUCAAUUGAGAUUAGCUGAUGGCAGCCGUGUAGCAGCUCGCUUCAAUCUUACUCACAUCAUCGCGGAUAUCUAUCGUUAUAUACGCCUAGCACGACCUCAUUAUUCGAGUCAACGUUUCAUACUGAUCACAGCAUUUCCACGUCAACAAUUGGAUGAAUCAGAUCCUCGUACUUUGGGUCAGGCUGAUCUACGAAAUGUAUUGGUCAUUCAACAUUUAUGCGAAGAUCCGGACGACGAACAAACCCAGUCUGAUGGUGAACCCGUUUAAAAAUAAAUUGACUCUAACCAACUUCUAAUGAAAAGUGACACAAAAGCUAGAAAGGGGGAACUCUACACUAACUUUUUGUUAAGUCAAAAUUUCAGUUAAUACAGAGUCUGAACAACUGUAAA